AUGACGAUGUCUUUUUGCGCUCUGUUGUUCUUCCUCAUUAUCAGUCCUACCUUGGCUGCGACCAAGUCUGCUGCCGAUUAUUAUGUACGCUCGUUACCGGGUGCCCCCGAGGGACCCUUGUUGAAGAUGCAUGCUGGGCAUAUUGAAGUUGAUGCACCGAAUAAUGGUAAUCUGUUCUUCUGGCAUUACCAGAAUCGCCACAUCGCCAAUCGUCAGCGAACCGUUAUCUGGUUGAAUGGGGGUCCGGGAUGCAGUUCGAUGGACGGCGCCCUCAUGGAGAUCGGACCCUACAGACUUAAGGACAACCAUACUCUGGAGUACAAUAACGGGUCGUGGGAUGAGUUUGCGAAUUUGCUUUUCGUCGAUCAGCCCGUCGGAACGGGCUUUAGUUACGUCAACACCAACAGCUAUCUCCACGAGCUCGAUGAAAUGGCGGCCCAGUUCAUCAUUUUCCUGGAGAAAUGGUUCCAAUUGUUUCCGGAGUAUGAGCGUGACGACAUCUACAUCGCAGGCGAGUCGUACGCUGGUCAACAUAUUCCCUAUAUCGCCAAAGCUAUCCAGGAGCGAAACAAGAAAGUCGAUGAUAAGAAUAGUGCUCGCUGGAAUCUCCGCGGCCUUGUUAUCGGAAAUGGUUGGAUAUCUCCAGCUCAGCAAUACCCAUCAUACCUCAAUUUCGCCUACACGGAAGGUCUUGUCAAGGAAGGCAGCAGUCUCGCUAAGGAUCUCGACGUCUACCAAUCGGUCUGCGAAUCGAAGAUCAGUGCAGCGCCAAAUGCUGUGAACAUCAAGGACUGCGAGUCGGUUUUGCAGCAGAUCUUGUCGCGCACCAUGGAUUCCGAAAGGAAAUGCUACAACAUGUACGAUGUGCGUCUCCGUGAUGUGUAUCCAUCUUGCGGCAUGAACUGGCCCUCCGACCUGGUCAGCGUAAAGCCCUACCUACAAAGCCGGGAUGUGGUUCGCGCCUUGAACAUCAAUCCGGACAAGAAGUCUGGAUGGGAAGAAUGCUCUGGCGCAGUGGGCAGCACCUUCACAGCGGCGAACUCGGUACCCUCAGUCCAACUACUUCCCGAAUUGCUCGAGUCUGGCGUUCGCAUCCUACUCUUUAGUGGUGACAAGGACCUCAUUUGCAACCAUAUCGGAACGGAGCAACUGAUCAACAACAUGAAAUGGAAUGGCGGGAUUGGUUUUGAAACCUCGCCUGGCGUGUGGGCUCCGCGACGCCAUUGGACCUUUGAGGGUGAACCCGCCGGCAUCUACCAGUACGCCCGGAAUCUAACCUAUGUCCUCUUCUACAACGCCAGCCACAUGGUCCCCUACGAUCUGCCCCGCCAGAGCCGUGACAUGCUCGAUCGUUUCAUGAGGGUUGAUAUCGCCAACAUUGGCGGGCAGCCGGCUGAUUCGCGCAUCGAUGGUGAGAAGCUGCCCCAGACCUCCGUAGGUGGUCACCCGAACAGCACGGCCGCCGAGCAGCAAGCCAAGGAGAAGAUCAAAGAAACAGAGUGGAAAGCCUACGCCAAGUCCGGGGAGGCCGCUCUGAUCGUCGUGAUCAUUGGCGUGACGGUCUGGGGUUUCUUCAUCUGGCGCAGUCGUCGACGCAAUCGUGGCUACGAGGGGGUUUAUCAGAAAGAACUGGGUAGUGGCUCCAUCCUCGAACGCUUCCAGAACAAACGCUCGGGGGCUGGCGAUGUCGAAGCAGGCGAUUUCGACGAGUCGGAGCUUGACACACUCCAUUCGCCGGGUUUGGAGCGAGAAAAUUAUGCUGUUGGCGAUGACAGCGACGAAGAUGAUCCCAAUCAUCCUCGCCCAACUGCCUCCAGCAGGGAAGACGGCACUCAUCCAUAG